AAACACACCUGGCCGCAGGCGCGCGGUGAGCUCAGGUGAGGCAUUCGGAGCGCGCGAGGCGAGGUAGCGGCGCGUCAUGGCGGAGUCACAGCUGUUGUGUAUGGAGGACGGGCUCAUGCCCACCGCGGUGCCCGAGACCCGGCCGCAGUUCUACUACAGCGAGCAGCACCGGACGGCCCUCGAGCGCCUGAUCACCGGCGGAGACGGAGCCUUCAAGAGCCUCCUGAAGGACGAGAACGGACAAGACUUCCUGUCGGCGCGGGAGAUCACGGCCAUCACCGGCAGCUUCGUCAAAUACAAGACCGAUGAAGAGAACGGAGGAGCGUCAGCGGGUCAAGACAAGCGUGACGACGCCGGGUCACUGCACUCCACGUACUGGCCGCAGAUGUCGGACACCGAGGUUCCGCCGCUGGACAUCGGCUGGCCCUCAUCAGGGCUCUUUAAAGGGGUCACCCGGGUGUCUGUGCACACACACCCGCCCAAAGAGAACAGCCCGCACAUCAAGGAGGUGGUCCGCAAACUCAUCCAGGAGUCCAGCAAGGUCGUGGCGAUCGUGAUGGACCUGCUGACCGAUCUGCAGAUUCUACGGGAUCUGUUCGAGGCGUCCAAGCGUGGUGUGCCCGUCUACAUCGUGCUGGACGAGCCGGGAGCGCCGCUCUUUCUGGACAUGUGCAGCCGGCUGCAGGUCGGAGCUAGAGAUCUGCAGAAUGUCCGGACUCGGACCGUGAAGGGAAUCGGGUUGAAUCUGUCCGUGGGGAGAAUCCCAGGAAACGUCCAGAGCAAGUACAUGCUCAUCGAUGGAGAUAAAGUCAUGUUUGGGACGUACAGUUUCUCUUGGAGCUCUUCUCGGAUGGACAGAAACAUGAUCACGGUGAUGUCGGGGCAGGUGGUGGAUUUCUACGAUAACGAUUUCCGAGAACUUUACGCCAUCUCAGACAAACUGGACCUGUUUAAGAAGUUUCACAUGACCAAGCCUCAAACGGGAACCCUGUCGAGGGCCGCGGUGCCCAAACGCCACACAGCAGCCACUUCACGCUUCCAGGUCAAUCUCGGAGACGUGACGCGUGGAGACGGGAAAGUGCCUGCACACAAAUACCACAAUCCCAAAUACCUGCUAGCGCUCGGACAGAUCCCGGGACCCACAGAGCCGCUGCAGGACUUCUUCAAUAAGAUGGAGCCGCCCGAUCCAGAGCCGGAGCCAGAGCUGGAGAAUCCUACAGAAGAGCUGGAGAAUCUCACACCUGCUCCCUCUCCACCUGAGAAGAAAAAGUCCAAGAAACUCAGAAAACUGUCAUUUAAGUCAAAGGGAGGGAAGAAGGAUAAGAAGAGUGAUGAGGUUAUUGAAGAAAACCCUGCAAACCCUUCAGACGAGGCGUCUAAACACACGCUCACCAGAGACGAGACGCAGGACAGCCUCAAGAAGAAGAAUACAGAAUGCAUGUGCGUUAUUGCAUAAGAAUGUACUGUAAUGUAAUGUAAUGUAUGGGUAUGGUUAGGUUUAGGGUUAGGUCCAGGGUUUUUACCUAGUAAUUGUAAUUACUUUGUGUGUACAUGUGGAAGAGAACUGUAAAGUGCUACCAAGAGACUAGGUUUAUUUGUGAACUGCUUCUCACAUUUUAUUUCAGCUAAAAGAAACAUUUCUUUCAAGGUUGUUUCAAAGUUAUGAACAAACGUUCUUCCAGUUAGAAUGUUUGGUCAAAGUUAAUAUCUCCUCUUUAAUAAUGUUUUCAAAAUGUUAUUAUGAUGUCAUUCAUGGAAUGUUGGUGAAACUUUUUAGUUGGACAUUUGUGUCACACAAAUUUUUCAAAUGCAACUUGCAACUUGUUCAGAGAAGUAUCAUUCCAAUAAUGUCUGCAAAAUGAUCAGAUGGCAUGUUUCCUCGAUGUGCACAUAACCAAGAAAAAAAAAUACUUUCAGAGAACAUUCAGAAAUAAUGUUUUCAAAACUGGGAGAGAAUUUUAUUUAGAAUUUUUAGGCUUUUAUUUCAGAA